AUGAAAGCGUUCUCCCGAGUACUAUCAACGUCGAAUGUUUUCCAAUAUAGACCACACAACAACAUCAUUCUUCGAGCGGUACGGCAUUUCCGCUCACCGGUCCCUUCUUAUGACUUUUCUAGACAAACCCCCAAGACGGACCCAGACAAUACAGCAGCAAUGCUGCUACAGAAAAACCUGAUCCAAAGAAAUAAUAUGCUUUACGGAUAUGGGUCAGGCACAAUACGAUGCACUUUGCUCGACUCUGUUGGGCGAGCCAAGUCCCCAUCAGUAGAAAUAAAACGCGAAGAUCUGGUUUCGAAACAUGGACUAUUACCUAGAGAUCUACGUAAAAUUGAAAAAUCGAGGAAAAACGAUUUGGUCCCUAGUUUACUCGUGCGAGAGAAUUCUAUAUUGAUUAGUUUGCUUACCGUGAAAGCCCUAAUCAAGCCUGACAUGGUUAUCAUUUUCGAUUCCACCGGUAGCGGGAUAACCUUAAACUCAGAGGCUCACAAGAACUUUAUAAACGAUAUGAAAUUGAGGCUGAAAAAUCAAGAAACAACCGAACUAAAUAGCGACCCGUUGCCUUAUGAAUUUAGAGCAUUAGAAACCAUAUUCAUUUCUGCAUUAUCCAACCUCACAAGCGAAAUGAAGGUACUCCUAACCAUAUGUAAAGGCGUCCUCCAAGACCUGGAGUUCAGCAUAACGAGAGAUAAGCUGAGGUUUUUGUUAGGUCAGAAUAAGAAACUGAGUAGCUUCAAUAAAAAGGCCGUCCUAGUUAGGGAUAUGCUAGACGAUUUAAUAGAACAGGACGAUUUGCUUUGCGAUAUGUACUUAACCGAUAGAAAAGAAGGCAGAAUAAGGGUCCAGGAUGAUCAUACUGAAAUCGAAAUGCUUUUGGAAACGUACCAUAAUUAUGUCGAUGAAAUAGUUCAAAAAAGUGAAAGUGCCAUAUCAGACGUGAAAACCACAGAAGAAAUCAUAAACAUCAUUCUAGAUUCUAACAGAAACCAACUGAUGCUGCUAGGAAUACGGUAUGCUAUAGGAAUGCUCUCGUUGGGAGGUGCUCUAUUUUUAGGUUCUAUUUAUGGUAUGAACUUGGAGAGUUUUAUAGAAGAGAGCAAUUACGGCUACAUGGCUGUCUUUAUUUUCGGGCUAAUAUCUACUGUUUGGCUUUACGGAAAAGGAAUCAGACACCUACACAAACUACAACGCAUGACAUUACUAAGCAAAGUCAAAACAGAAUCUAUUCAUGAACCGCCGCUGAAAAAAUAG